AUGGCACUGGUGCGGAAGCUGGCACCCGAAGAUGACAGAGCCGAUCUCAAAGACAAGCCGGUACCCAGCGAGGUGGAGGCACAGGUCCGCAAGACGCUGGAAAUGAUGCCCAGCCGUCGAAUAAUCGACUUCCUGGUACGAUACUUUGUCACCGAGGUCAACCAUCUCGACCAACUUUUAUAUCCGCCGUGGUUCCUCGGGCAGUACCAGCGGUGGUGGGAACUCUACAGUGUCUCGACGGUGGCCGAGAUUGAAUUUCUCAUCCUUAUUCUGAGGAUAUGUUGCUACGCCUCGCAGUUUCUUCCAUCACCCAGUUACACCAUUGACAGUAUCAAAGGGGUGCCGCUUACCCAGAUUCGCAAGUCCUGCGAGGAUGUCAUCUACGUGCUGGGACCCAUCUGCUCCCGCCUGUAUCCGCGGGGCUCCCUGGUUCGCGUGCAGCAGAUUGCUUACGGUGGUCUCGCGGCGGGGAGUAUCGGCCAUAUGAAUAGCUUCUGGGAGAUGAUCAGCUGUGCUAGCCGUGUAGCGCAACACAUUGGGUUACAUCUGGAUGCCGUCAUAUCCGCCAGCAGCGCCGACGAGAUGGACAAGGAAAUGACACGGCGCACAUAUUGCAACCUCUACAUCUGGGACAGUUACCUGGCGAGGCAUCUCGACCGCAUCCCCUUCCUCCCAGACACCCUCAACGCCGACAUCCUCCCCCGGAUGCGCCUCCUCCCGGACAGCAUCGGAAUUGACUCCGAAACCUCGGACGUGCCCAACGUCUUCACCGAGCGCAUCCUCCGCGCGCGGCUCGCCGAAUUCUGGCGCUGCCACCGCCUCCCGCGCAGCCCUGAGUGGGACGUCAUCGCGGCCGAGGAAGUCUACGAAGAAUUCUGCAGCACCUUCCUGCAGACCAUGCCGCCGGCCUUCGCGCUCGAGCCCGACACGCAAUGGGACGAGCACCUGCCCACGCUGGUCCUGCAGCGCCAGCUCUUGCACAUCGCCAUCUUCGAGCAGCUCUGCUGGAACUUCAAACCCACCGUCCUCCAGCAGCCCGACCAGGUCACCCGCCUCCCGCUCUACAAGCAGGUCAUGAUGGCCCACGGCAAGCGCGCCCUCGCCGCCGCCGCCCUCCGCCUCCUGCAGUGUGUCUCCACCCUGCACCGCCUCAUGGGCGGCUCCCAUACCCGCUUCUCGGGCAUCAUCGUGCCCACCUUUGAGGCGGCCGUCCCCCUGCUCUGCUUGUGCGCGGACCCGACCUUUCCCGGCGAUACCAUCCAGCAUGGCCCGGGGCCCGGCGGUAUGGGCAUGGGCAUGGGCAUGGGAGGCGGGCGGCGCAGCGCCAACCCGCUGGAGGCGCGCAUCGGCAAGGUCACGCGCGGGGAGUGUGUGCAGGCGGCGCGGGAUGCGCUGGCGAUGUUAGAAGCGUUGUCGGAGGUCAGUGAGGUGGCUGAGGUUGGGGCCAAGACGCUGGCGAGGCUGAUUACGAGGGUGGAUGGGCUCACGUUGACGCCGCCGAUGAGUGUGAGUCCGCAGGAGGUUUAUGGCGGUGGUGGUGCGGGUGCGGGCGGUGAGGGUGGUGUGAAUGUGAAUGUGAGUGGGGGGGAUCAUUUGGGUGGCGGACCGGGCGGUGGUGGUGAUAUGGCGGGUUCCAUCUCGGCUGGUGGAGUGGGAGCGUGGCCCAUGAGGGAAUGUGUCCCGGGAGGAGGAGCUGGAGCGGGCGUUCAACAAGCUUUCCCUUUUGUUGGCAGUAUGUGCGCUGGGGUCAGCCCGGGCUGGGCUGACCUCUUGGGGGAUUUGACUGACAGCUUUGGCAUUUAG